UAUACAGGCAUUCAGAAUGUGUAGCUAAAAAUACCAUUUAGUCUUGAAUUGGAACUCGGACAGCUAUGUUUGAGGCUUGGACACUAAUAGUAGCACUUUUUGUGCUUGGCGUGGCUGAAAAUGUUGAAAACCUUCAACAAAUUGAAGAGCUAAAGUGCGGAUAUGGUAAUCCAGAUGCUGUGAAAGUGCAAUUUAAUGUUACCGAAGGGCAAGCAAAACCAGCCGAGUUUCCGUGGACCAUUGCCGUGAUCCACAAUCGCAGCUUAGUGGGUGGUGGCUCUUUAAUUACCCCAGACAUUGUGCUCACAGCUGCCCAUCGGAUAUUCAAUAAAGACGUGGAGGAUAUAGUCGUCAGCGCAGGAGAAUGGGAGUACGGAUCUGCUUUGGAAAAAUAUCCAUUUGAAGAGGCAUUUGUGUUGAAAAUGGUUAUACAUAAAUCAUUUAAUUAUCAGAGAGGCGCCAACAACUUAGCGCUGCUCUUCCUGGAUAGGGAGUUCCCACUAACAUACAAGAUUAACACCAUUUGUUUGCCCACCCAGAAAAGAUCGCUAUCUUCCACUCGCUGUAUAGUGGCUGGUUGGGGUAAAUAUCAGUUUAGUGACACGCAUUACGGAGGCGUCCUGAAGAAAAUUGAUUUACCUAUUGUACCCAGGCAUAUCUGUCAGGAUCAGCUUCGCAAAACUAGGCUGGGCCAAAACUAUACACUGCCUCGUGGGUUAAUUUGUGCCGGUGGCGAGAAGGACAAUGAUGCUUGCACCGGCGAUGGGGGUGGGGCACUUUUCUGUCCAAUGACCGAGGAUCCCAAACAGUUCGAGCAAAUUGGCAUUGUUAACUGGGGUGUGGGUUGUAAGGAAAAAAACGUUCCCGCCACUUAUACAGAUGUUUUUGAGUUUAAGCCAUGGAUUGUUCAGCAAAUUAAAGAAAAUUUAUAUACACCCGAUAAUUAUUAA